AUGGGGGGUCACUGGGGUCACCAAACCGAGGCCGGGGGCGUGGCCAAAUCCGCCCGGGGGGCGGGGGGUGUGCGCGGCUCGCGCUCCGGCCCCGCCCUGGCUCCUCCCCAGCCCCGCCCCCGGCUCCUCCCCCGCAUGACCUCCGCACGCCGGUGCCCAAGAUGGCGGCUCGCCGGGCGCUGCUGCGGGCGGCAGGGCAGGCGGCGGGCGGGCGGCGCGGGGCCGCGGGGGGCAGCUCCCGGCCCGGGCCCCGCUCCCGGGGCCUCUCCCGGUACCGCUCCCGGUCCGGGCCCCGCUCCCGGGGCCUCUCCCGGUGCCGGAGCCUGUCCCGGGUCCGCGGCCGGGAGGAGCCGGCUGUACGAGCACGCGCGCGAGGGGCUGAGCGCGCGGCCGCAGCUGGACGUGACCGCGCUCAGCGAGCGGGACGUGGCGCGCCGCGGGCCGCUGGGGGGCGCCGCGCUCCGCGAGAUCGUGCGGACGUGGUCGCGGCUGGGGAAGGUGCGCGAUGACAUCGCCCGGCUGGAGGCGGAGAAGGGGCGCGUGGCCCAGGGGGUCCGCGAGAUCAUGGCCUCCCAGGACAAGGCAGCGGCCAAGACGCACCCGGAGCUGGCGUCGCUGCGGGAGCGGGGCCGGAGCCUCCGGGGGCAGCUCCGGGUGCUCGAGGCCGAGGAAUCCGAGCUGGAGCAGAGAUUCUACCUGGGGGCCCUGCAGCUGCCCAACAGGACCCACCCCGCUGUGCCCGUUGGGGACCAGAGCCAGGCCCAGCUGCUCGAGGUGGUUGGCGAGAAACCAGUGUUCAGUUUCAAGCCGAAGGGACACCUGGAGCUGGGGGAGGGGCUGGACAUCAUCCGGCAGAGGCGCCUGUCCCACGUGUCGGGCCAUCGCUCCUAUUACCUGUGUGGGGCCGGGGCCCUGCUCCAGCACGCCCUCGUCACCUUCACCCUGCAGAAACUGCUCAGCAAGGGUUUCCUGCCCAUGAUGGUGCCGGACCUGCUGCGAGGAGCCGUUUUUGAGGGCUGCGGGCUCCAGCCCAGCGCCGCCCCCUCCCAGGUUUACAGCAUCGACCCCGCGCGCUUCGAGGACCUGUGCCUGGCCGGCAGCUCGGAGGUGGGGAUUGCAGGGUAUUUCAUGGACCACGCUGUGCAGCUGCAGGACCUGCCUGUCAGGGUCGUGUGCUCCAGCACCUGCUACCGCGCCGAGACCGACACGGGCCGCGAGCCCUGGGGGCUCUACCGCGUGCACCAGUUCACCAAGGUGGAGAUGUUCGGGGUGACGGCGGCUGAGCGCGGCACCGAGAGCGAGGAGCUGCUGGACGAGUUCCUGGGGCUGCAGAAGGAGAUUUUCUCAGAGCUGGGGCUCCAUUACCGCGUCCUGGACAUGCCCACGGAGGAGUUGGGGCUCCCUGCCUACCGCAAGUUCGACAUCGAGGCCUGGAUGCCUGGACGGGGCAAAUUUGGGGAGAUUUCCAGCGCCUCCAACUGCACGGAUUACCAGAGCCGGCGGCUGAACAUCAUGUACAGCGGGGAGGGGGGCCGGCUGAGCCACGCCCACACGGUGAACGGCACCGCCUGCGCCGUGCCCCGGAUGCUGAUCGCGCUCCUCGAGUGCAACCAGCUCCCAGACGGCCGUGUCCGGGUGCCCCCCGUGCUGCAGCCGCUGGUGGGGCGGGAGGUGCUGGCCCGGCCCCCCGCCCCCCUCCUCAGCUACAUCGGCCCCAACCAGCCCGGGGGGGGCCCCCCCAAAAUGGGGAGGGGGCUCUGAGGGGAGGGGGCAGGGCACGGAUGGAGCUGGGACAUCGUGGGACAGAGGAGGACACGGGAGGACACAGGGGACACGUGACAGCCCCGCCCGUGGUGACAAACGCCGGGAAUAAAACCUGGAAAUGCCCCCCCCGUGUCACAGGUGUGUGCUCUGCUCCGG